AUGCUUAAGCAGGUGGAUAAUCGUGAAGGCUGGAAUGCUGCAUUUUACGCCGCACAAGGAGGAAUGUUGAAAUUUUUAAAACUUAUGGCAGACAAGGGCAUCGACAUGACAAAUAACAUCAAGCUUGGCAGAAAUAUUCUUCACAUUGCUUGUGUCAGUUCCCGAUUAGAAAUGUGCCAACAUAUCGUCCAACAUUAUCCAGAUAUGCUUAAUCAGGUAGAUAAUGAAGGAUGGAAUGCCGCAUUAUACGCCGCUCAAGGAGGAAACGUUGAAAUUAUAGAACUUCUGGCAGAAAAUGGCGUCGAUCUGACACAUAAAAACAAACAUGGCUUUAAUAUUUAUCACAUUGCUUGCAUGAAUUCUAAAUUAGAGAUGUGGCAACAUAUCAUGCAACAUUAUCCAGAUAUGCUUAUUCAGCUUAACAAUGAUGGAUGA